AUGGAAAUUAAAUACAACAGAUCACUUAGUGGAGUACCAGAAAAUCAAUAACAAUAACCUCUUAGAAGGAUAACCAAAACCUACAUAGAAAAUAGAGAUCCUGUAAGAAGAAACUUAACAUCAUUAUAUAAUGAAGGUAAAAUAAUAUUUUAUUGAAAUCAAGACACUCAAUAAAUUAAUAAAUCUAUGCCCAACAGUAAUAACGAUUUAAGAAGGAAAAUGCUCAAUUAAGAAAGAGUAAAACGAUCUCUAAAUCAAGAUGUGUUAGAAGAUAAAGAGAAUGUACCUUAACAUAAAGGACUUACAACAAAAAUUUAUACUCUCCCCUAAGAAUUGUCUAAUAUCAAUAUUAAAUAGAAAUUUGAUCAUACUAUUUUAGAGAAUCAAAAUCUGUAAAAAUGGUAUACAGAAGAUAUAUUUUUCUAUUUAAAAGAAUAAGAAGUAUUAUAAAUAAAAUUACAUUAGAAAAAAUCCACUCCUUUAGAAUGGUUAAAAAAUCACUCUAUUCCAAGUAAUUUAAGAGCAAAAAUGAUUGAUUGGAUGGUAGAAGUUUUAUGUUCAUAUAAAUGCACAGAUUAAACUUUUUUUGUUGCAGUAAGAACUAUGGACUUUUACUUUUCAAAAAGUGAAAAAUAAUUAGAAAUAUCAGAUUUACAUCUUUGCGGUGUAACAUCAAUGUUUAUUGCAGCUAAAUAUGAAGAAAUUCAUCCUAUGAAAUUAUCUGUUGUUCAUGAAAAAAUUGCUCAUAAAAAAUUAUCAACAGAUCAAAUAAAAAAAAAAGAGAGUGAUAUUUUAUAAACUAUAGGUUUUGAUUUAGUUGGUGGUACUCUUUAUGAUAUGUAUAAUCUUAUAUUAACAAAUUGCUUUAUUGAAUAAAAACUAAAAGAGAAAAACUACAAAUAUCUAAAAAAACUUUGUUUGUAUCUCUCUAAAAUGGUUUUGUAUGAUUAUGAAAUUUGUGGUAAAUCUAAUUAUACUUUAUUGGGUGCUGCUUUAAUUUUUGUUGCUUUCAAAAUUGUAGAACAAUUAGAUUCUACUUUUAAUGCUGAUAGUUAAGUAUUAAUUUUUAUUAAUUUUAUAGAUUAAAGAUAUUGCUUAAACUAUUUAGAUUGAUUAAGAUUAGUUAAUAGAAACAGCAGCCAAAGUUUUAAAUCUCGCUAAGAACUUUGAAAAGCAUUUUCCUAAUUUGGAAAAUUUAAAAAAAUUUAAUGGAUUUUAGUUAGAAGAUGAUGAAUAAUGA